ACUCGAAGUGACAAAGCCUUGAGCCAUACAUACUUGAAAGGAUGAUGUCCCUGCUGCUUUCAAGAACAACUUCUCUGCUUGGUCCAGCCGAACAGCUGCAGGACUCUGCAACUCUCGGAGUUGAACUCUGCCAUGUCCUGGGGUCCCGACUUCGUUGGACCCGACGGCCAGUUCUGGAGCAUGAGUACGAAGACCCUUACUCCGCUUUGCUCAUUCGAGACUAUCGGCAGCUCGUGCUGCGUUGACGUUGACGAGGAUGCCGUGAACAGCGCACAAGCGUUGCAAGGCGGGCCGCGAAACUUGUACACAAGCAUUAUAAAAAGGUUGAAAAGUGAGGAGUCCAAAACUUGGGCUUCACGCAAUGGAGACGGGGGAAGUAAACGCCUCCAAUUCAGACUGCUGCCGGGAAGUCUUUCGCCUUGGCCAGUAGAAUAACAUCGGAACGUACAUCCAUACGUCGCAUGCGUACAAACAUGCUUUCUGUCGCUACAAGCCUGUUUUCUCGGCGUCACAUGAUGUCAUCGUUGACAUCCCCAUUCCAAGGCCGUGGCUGAGUUGGCAAUAGGUUUUCGAAGAUUAUUG